AUGCCACUCUCCCGCCUCUCGCUCCCUGCCUUGGGUCCGCAGCUUAGGGCUCCCCUCUGGCUUCUUCUCCAGCGCAGUCCGGCCCCGAAGCCGGUGGACGCCUCCUCCUCUCCCAGCUUGCCCAAGGGAGAAAAAGAACAGCAAGAAGCAAUUGAACAUAUCGAUGAAGUACAAAAUGAAAUAAACAGACUUAAUGAACAAGCCAGUGAGGAGAAAUAUAAUAAACUCUGCCAACCGUUUUUUCAGAAGGGGUCAGAACUGAUCGCCAAAAUCCCAAAUUUGGGGGUAACAACAUUUGUCAACCAUCCACAAGUGUCUGCACUGCUUGGGGAGGAAGAGGAGGAGGCGCUGCAUUACCUGACCAGAGUUGAAGUGACAGAAUUUGUAGAUAUAAAAUCAGGUUGCAGAAUAGAUUUUUAUUUUGAUGAAAAUCCUUACUUUAAAAAUAAAGUUCUCUCCAAAGAAUUUCAUCUGAAUGAGAGCGGUGAUCCAUCUUCAAAGUCCACUGAAAUCAAAUGGAAGUCUGGAAAGGAUUUGACAAAGCGCUCCAGUCAGAAUAAAGGCAGCAGGAAGCGGCAGCAUGAGGUACCAGAGAGCUUCUUCACGUGGUUCGCUGACCACUCAGACGCUGGUACAGACGAGUUGGGAGAGGUCAUCAAAGACGACAUCUGGCCAAACCCAUUGCAGUUCUACCUGGUUCCCGACAUGGAUGAUGAGGAGGGAGAAGAGGAAGAGGAUGAUGAUGAUAAAGAAGAGGAGGAACGUUUGGAAGAUAUUGAUGAAGAAGGGGAUGAGGAUAAAGGGGAAGAAGAUGAAGAUGCUGAUGAAGGGGAAGAAGGAGAGGAGGAUGAAGAACAUGACUAA